GGGCUGGAUCUACCGGAUCGCUCACGGGAGGAAGGUGGUGCGCCGAGUGGCUUCUCUGCUCUUCCAAGAGCCGAAGCAGCAGCUGGUGGAUGAAGAGGAUACCAAUAAGAGCACUCUGGACAACUGAGAAUAACCAGCAACUUUGAAAAUGAAAGCAAAUUGAGCCCUCAGAAAAGCACACAAUUCUCUUUUCCCAGCUGGUGAGAGACAAAGGGGAGAAAAUCAAGAAGAGAUUUCAAACUGGAAAAAGUAGAGUAUGCAGAACUCAACAGUAGAUUACAUGAAAAUUAUUUUAUUCCAUUCAGAAAAAGAGGGAAAUACCUAGAAGGAGGGGAAAACCCUUUGAAUUUGCUGAUUGUGGGGAAACUUUCAGUCAGAAUUCCAACGUGGUGGUACACUAGAGGAUGCACACAGGAAAGAAAUCAUACAAUUGUCCUGAUUGUAGCAAACGUUUCAGUUUGAAUUCCCAUUUGGUUCAACACCAGAGGACUCACACAGGAGAGAAACCCUUUGAAUGUCCUGAUUGUGGGAAAAGUUACAGUCAGAAGUCCAGCUUGGUGGUACACCAGAGGACUCACACAGGAGAGAAACCCUUUGAAUGUCCUGUUUGUGGGAAACGAUUCAGUCGGAAUUCCAGCCUGGUGAAACACCAGAGAACUCACAAAGGGGAGAAACCCUUUGAAUGUCCUGAUUGUGGGAAAGGUUUCAGUCAGAAUUCAAGCCUGGUGAUUCAUCAGAGGACUCACACAGGAGAGAAACCCUUUGAAUGUUCUGAUUGUGGCAAAGAUUUCAGUUUGAAUUCCAAUUUGGUUCAACACCAGAGGACUCACACAGGAGAGAAACCCUUUGAAUGUUCUGAUUGUGGAAAACGUUUCAGUUGGAAUUCCGCUUUGGUUAAACACCAGAGAACUCACACAGGAGAAAAACCCUUUGAAUGUACUGAUUGCGAAAAAAGUUUCAGUCGGAAUUCAAGCCUGCUGAUUCAUCAGAGGACUCACACAGGAGAAAAACCCUUUGAAUGUCCUGAUUGUGGGAAAAGUUUCAGUUUGAAUUCCAGCUUGGUUAAACAUCAGAGGACUCACACAGGGGAGAAACCAUUUGAAUGUCCUGAUUGUGGGAAAAGUUUCAGUCAGAAUAAUGAUCUGGUGAAACACCAGAGGACUCACACAGGAGAAAAACCCUUUGAAUGUCCUGAGUGUGGGAAAAGUUUCAGUCGGAAUUCCAUCCUGGUGGAACACCAGAGGACACACACAGGAGAGAAACCAUUUGAAUGUCCUGAUUGUGGCAUACGUUUCAGUUGUAAUUCCAGUUUGGUUAAACAUCAGAGGACUCACACAGGGGAGAAACCCUUUGAAUGUCCUGAUUGUGGGAAAAGUUUCAGUCAGAAUUAUGACCUGGUGACACACCAGAGGACUCACACAGGAGAAAAACCCUUUGAAUGUCCUGAUUGUGGGAAAGGUUUCAGUCGGAAUUCCAUUCUGGUGAAACACCAGAGGACACACACAGGAGAGAAGCCAUUUGAAUGUCCUGAUUGUGGCAAACGUUUCAGUUGGAAUUCCAGUUUGGUUAAACAUCAGAGGACUCACACAGGGGAGAAACCCUUUGAAUGUUCUGAUUGUGGCAAACGUUUCAGUUGGAAUUCCAAUUUGGUUCAACACCAGAGGACUCACACAGGAGAGAAACCCUUUGAAUGUCCUGAUUGUGGGAAAAGUUUCAGUCAGAAUUCAAGCCUGGUGAUUCAUCAGAGGACUCACACAGGAGAGAAACCCUUUGAAUGUCCUGAUUGUGGAAAAGGUUUCAGUCAGAAUUCAAGCCUGGUGAUUCAUCAGAGGACUCACACAGGAGAGAAACCCUUUGAAUGUCCUGAUUGUGGGAAAAGUUUCAUUGGAAAUUCCCACCUGUUGGAUCACCAGAGGACUCACACAGGAGAAAAACCCUUUGAAUGUCCUGAUUGUGGGAAAGGUUUCAGUCAGAAUUCAAGCCUGGUGAUUCAUCAGAGGACUCACACAGGAGAGAAACCCUUUCAAUGUUCUGAUUGUGGCAAACGUUUCAGUUUGAAUUCCAAUUUGGUUCAACACCAGAGGACUCACACAGGAGAGAAACCCUUUGAAUGUUCUGAUUGUGGAAAACGUUUCAGUUGGAAUUCCAAUUUGGUUAAACACCAGAGAACUCACACUGGAGAAAAACCCUUUGAAUGUACUGAUUGUGAAAAAAGUUUCAGUCGGAAUUCAAGCCUGCUGAUUCAUCAGAGGACUCACACAGAAGAAAAACCCUUUGAAUGUCCUGAUUGUGGGAAAAGUUUCAGUUUGAAUUCUAGCUUGGUUAAACAUCAGAGGAGUCACACAGGGGAGAAACUCUUUGAAUGUCCUGAUUGUGGGGAAAGUUUCAGUCGGAAUUCCAUCCUGGUGAAACACCAGAGGACACACACAGGAGAAAAACCAUUUGAAUGUUCUGAUUGUGGCAAACGUUUCAGCUGUAAUUCCAGUUUGGUGAAACACCAGAGGACUCACACAGGGCAGAAACCCUUUCAAUGUCCUGAUUGUGGGAAAAGUUUCAGUCAAAAUUCCAGCCUGGUGAAACACCAGAGGACUCACACAGGAGAGAAACCCUUUGAAUGUCCUGAUUGUGGGAAAUGUUUCAGUCAGAAUUCCUACCUGGUGAUACACCAGAGAUCUCAUACAGGAGAGAAACCCUUUGAAUGUCCUGAUUGUGGGAAAAGUUUCAGUCAGAAUUCAAGCCUGGUGAUUCAUCAGAGGACUCACACAGGAGAGAAACCCUUUGAAUGUCCUGAUUGUGGCAAACGUUUCAGUUUGAAUUCCAAUUUGGUUCAACACCAGAGGACUCACACAGGAGAGAAACCCUUUGAAUGUUCUGAUUGUGGCAAACAUUUCAGUUUGAAUUCCCAUUUGGUUCAACAUCAGAGGACUCACACAGGAGAGAAACCCUUUGAAUGUCCUGAUUGUGGGAAAAGUUUCAUUGCAAAUUUCCACCUGUUGGAUCACCAGAGGACUCACACAGGAGAAAAACCCUUUGAAUGUUCUGAUUGUGGGAAAAGUUUCAGUCAGAAUUCAAGCCUGGUGAUUCAUCAGAGGACUCACACAGGAGAGAAACCCUUUGAAUGUUCUGAUUGUGGGAAAAGUUUCAGUCAGAAUUCCAACCUGGCAAAACACCAAAGGACUCACACAGGAGAGAAACCCUUUGAAUGUCCUGAUUGUGGCAAACAUUUCAGUUUGAAUUCCCAUUUGGUUCAACACCAGAGGACUCACACAGGAGAGAAACCCUUUGAAUGUCCUGAUUGUGGGAAAAGUUUCAGUCAGAAGUCCAGCUUGGUGGUACACCAGAGGACUCACACAGGAGAGAAACCCUUUGAAUGUCCUGUUUGUGGGAAACAAUUCAGUCAGAAUUCCAGCCUGGUGAAACACCAGAGGAUGCACACAGGAAAGAAAUCAUAUAACUGUCCUGAUUGUGGGAAAAGUUUCACUGCAAAUUCCCACCUGGUGAUACACCAGAGGACUCACACAGGAGAAAAACCCUUUGAAUGUCUUGAUUGUGGGAAAGGUUUCAGUCAGAAUUCAAGCCUGGUGAUUCAUCAGAGGACUCACACAGGAGAGAAACCCUUUGAAUGUUCUGAUUGUGGCAAACGUUUUAGUUGGAAUUCCAAUUUGCUUAAACACCAGAGGAUUCACACAGGGGAGAAACCCUUUGAAUGUCCUGAUUGUGGCAAACGUUUCAGUUUGAAUUCCCAUUUAGUUAAACAUCAGAGGACUCACACAGGAGAGAAACCCUUUGAAUGUCCUGAUUGUGGGAAAGGUUUCAGUCAGAAUUCAAGCCUAGUGAUUCAUCAGAGGACUCACACAGGAGAGAAACCCUUUGAAUGUUCCGAUUGUAGCAAACGUUUCAGUUGGAAUUCCAAUUUGCUUAAACACCAGAGGAUUCACACAGGAGAGAAACCCUUUGAAUGUCCUGAUUGUGGGAAAAGUUUCAGUCAGAAUUACGACCUGGUAAACCAUCAGAGGACUCACACAGGAGAAAAACCCUUUGAAUGUCCUGAUUGUGGGAAAAGUUUCAGUUGGAACUCCAGCCUGGUGAUACACCAGAGGACUCACACAGAAGAGAAACCCUUUGAAUGUCCUGUUUGUGGGAAAUGUUUCAAUCAGAAUUCCCACCUGUUGGAACACCAGAGGACUCACACAGGAGAGAAACCCUUUGAAUGUUCUGAUUGUGGCAAAUGUUUCAGUUUGAAUUCCAAUUUGGUGAAACACCAGAGGACUCACACAGGGGAGAAACCCUUUGAAUGUCCUGAUUGUGGGAAAAGUUUCAGUUGGUUCUGCAGCCUGGUGAUACACCAGAGGACUCACACAGGAGAGAAACCCUUUGAAUGUCCUGUUUGUGGGAAAGGUUUCAAUCAGAAUUCCCACCUGUUGGAGCACCAGAGGACUCACACAGGAGAGAAACGCUUUGAAUGUCCAGAUUGUGGGAAACGUUUCAGUCAGAAUUCCAGUCUGGUGAAACACCAGAGGACUCACACAGGGGAGAAACCCUUUGAAUGUCCUGAUUGUGGGAAAUGUUUCAGUCAGAAUUCAAGCCUGGUGAUACACCAGAGGACUCACACAGGGGAGAAACCCUUUGAAUGUCCUGUUUGUGGGAAACAUUUCAGUGAGAAUUCCAAUUUUGUUAAACAUCAGAGGACUCACACAGGAGAGAAACCUUUUGAAUGUCCUGAUUGUGGGAAAAGUUUCUGUCAUAGGUCCAACUUGGUGGUACACCAGAGGACUCACACGAGAGAAACUAUAUGAAUGUCCAGAGUGUGGGAAAAGUUUCACUUACUAUUCUAACCUGGUGAAACGCCAGAGGACUCCCACAGGAGAGAAGCCAUGAGUGUUCAGAUUGUGGCAAAAUUUUCAGUCAGAAUUCCAACCUUGUGAAACAUCAAAGGACCCACACAGGAAACAAAUCGCAUGAGUGUCCAGAUUGUGGGAAACUUUUCAGUCGGAUUUCCAACCUGGCGAUACACUAAAGAACUCACACAGGAGGGAGACCCUUUGAAUGUCUGGAUUGUGUGAAAAAUCCCCAUUUUAACAAUACAUAUGGCCUAUAAGUAAUGUAGGUUUACACACAGGAGUAAAAGUCAAGGAAAUCCACAUUAGGCAAAAGUUGAUGAGUUUAGAGAAGGCCUAAACUUCAUUUUUGAUCUGUCAUUGGAAGUGUAGGUGAGAAAUUGACUAUUUAAGUUCUGGCCUCGUUUAUUUUAUUGAAAGAUAUUUCAGAAGUAGACUUGUGAUUGGAGAGAAAAAAUGGAAAAUAUUAAUUUGAAAAAGGUGUACUAUCUGGGAUUUUUUUUUUUGUUUGUUUGUUUGUUAUCAAGCAUUUCCCUCUCCACAGGAUCCUUCCAAGCUUUGCCCUCUCCCACAGGGUCCCUAUAGCCAUUUCCCUCCCAGGACCCCCACAGGUGUUUCCUUCCCCACAGAGUCCCCACAGGCCUUUUCCCCACCCACAGGGUCCCCAAAGGCUUUUUUCCUCUCCUGCUGCGUCCCCGCAGUCCUUAGGCCUGACUCCCACCCCACCAGGCCUCAUAGCCGCCUCCUCUCCUUUGCAUCUAGAAGAAAUAUUGAGUUGAGAAAAGGGAUCGUGGCUUUGAUGACAGGAUCUAAAAGUUUUAUUAGCAACUCCUGCUUUGAUCUUAUUUUCUUGGAAGUGCCUGGUUUUUUCCCUUUGAUGGCUGCUGGGUAAUAACAGCACUCUGACAUUUCUAUUGUAUCCCCUUGGUGGUGGCAAUGUGAGGAAAAAGUCGAAUGGUGGAAAAUCUUUCAUUUUUAAUAAUGCAUUGUGUAAUGUAAGAAGUAUCAAUAUCUUUUGGCAAGGAAAAAAUCGGGUGGCCUCAAUGUUGCUAUGAAUGUUAGGGCAAGGCAAGGCACUCUGAAUGGCCUCAAAAGAUGUGCAGUGAAUAAGUUUAAUAAUAAAAUUAAUAAAAUUGUAACACAAA